AGGAGAUCAGGACGGUAGUUGAUCAGGACAGUGGAGGGCGCGGCUGAGUGAGAAGUGAUCAUGUGACCCCUGUGACGUCGCCUGACAGUCUCUUCCGGGUGUUUUCCCCUCAGCUGGACUGUGACAGCGGGCUAACGCAGCUUUCCCCUACAUUUUAAGCCUCAAUUUCGCCGAAAUGAACCGCAUAUUUGGCAGGGGAAAACCCAAUGCUCCGCCGCCGAACCUUUCGGACUGCAUAGGAAACGUUGAUUCUCGGGCAGAGUCCGUUGACAAGAAGAUUGCCAGACUCGAUGCGGAACUUGUCAAGUACAAGGAUCAGAUGAAGAAGAUGAGAGAUGGGCCUUCAAAGAACAUGGUUAAGCAAAAGGCUAUGAGAGUUCUGAAGCAGAAGAGAAUGUAUGAGGGCCAGAGAGAUAACCUCAUGCAGCAGUCGUUUAACAUGGAACAAGCAAACUACACAAUCCAGACCCUCAAAGACACUAAAACCACAGUUAAUGCCAUGAAAGUUGGCCUCAAAGACAUGAAGAAAGCAUACAAGAACGUGAAAAUUGAUCAGAUUGAGGAUCUUCAAGAUCAGCUGGAGGACAUGAUGGAGGAUGCCAAUGACAUUCAGGAGGCGCUGGGCAGAAGCUAUGGCACGCCUGAGAUUGAUGAUGAGGACUUGGAAGCAGAGCUGGAUGCUUUGGGAGACGAGCUCCUGAUGGAUGACGACAGCUCCUACCUGGACGAGGCCGCGACAGCUCCUUCCAUCCCAGAGGGUCUGCCUGGUGACAAGUCAACCAACAGGGAUGGUGUUCUGGUGGACGAAUUUGGCCUUCCUCAGAUUCCUGCUACAUAAAGAAGCGAUAAGAACACUCAUGCUAGUUUUACAUGUAUCAUAGCUUUUUUGUAUUUAUCCAAAUGACACUCCCAGCCUUAGAGGGCAGCAUUGAAAACCAAAGCAUUUUCUGUCCAACAAAUGACGGAAACUAUUACGUCAAGUCGGGUUUCUUAAUGAAAAGUUGUGAUUUUUCUAUAUAAGUCAAUUAGUUUUCAUAGGUAUCUGAAGUCAUUGUUGGAAUUGGGAUUCUCUUAACUUUGUACAGUUUCUGCAGCAUCGUGUUGCCAAGAACAAAAUAAAUUAUAUUUUUCAAACAAUA